CCCGGAGGCAGCUCCUGCUGGGAUGGCAGCGCCAGCAUCUCUGAGAGCCGCGGGGGGCCCAGCCCCCCAGGGGGCACCCUAGGCCUCCCACGGCUGCCACUCAGCGCGCCCUCCCGCCCGUGGGCCCCGCACCAUGGGCGGCUGCUUCUCCAAGCCCAAGCCAGUGGAGCUCAAGAUCGAAGUGGUGCUGCCCGAGAAGGACCGGGGCAAGGAGGAGCUGUCCGCCGGCGGCAAGGGCAGCCCCCGGGCCUACCAGGGCAACGGCGCUGCCCGCCACUUCCACGCAGACGAGCGCCUGCCCGCCCCCCACCCCUACCCCGGCACCCAGGACUGUGUGGAGGCCGCUGUCUGCCACGUCAAGGACCUGGAGAACGGCCAGAUGCGGGAGGUGGAGCUGGGCUGGGGGAAGGUGCUGCUGCUGAAGGACAACGGGGAGUUCCACGCCCUGGGCCACAAGUGUCCGCACUAUGGCGCGCCCCUGGUGAAAGGGGUGCUGUCCCGCGGCCGGGUCCGCUGCCCCUGGCACGGCGCCUGCUUCAGCGUCAGCAGCGGGGACCUGGAGGACUUCCCGGGCCUGGACAGUCUGCACAAGUUCCAGGUGAAGAUCGAGAAGGAGAAGGUGUACGUCCGGGCCAGCAAGCAGGCCUUGCAGCUGCAGCGAAGGACCAAGGUGAUGGCCACGUGCAUCUCGCCAAGCGCCGGCCACAGCGGCAGCACCAACGUGCUGAUCGUGGGCGCAGGGGCAGCCGGCCUGGUGUGCGCGGAGACGCUGCGGCAGGAGGGCUUCUCGGACAGGAUCGUGUUGUGUACGCUGGACCGCUACCUCCCCUACGACCGGCCCAAGCUCAGCAAGCUGCCAAGGGCACGGUGGCCGCCUGGCCCCAUCUCAAGCCGGCAUCCCCGGCAGUCGCUGGACGCACAGCCGGAGCAGCUGGCCCUGAGGCCCAAGGAGUUCUUCCGAGCCCACGGCAUCGAGGUGCUCACGGAGGCCCAGGUGGUCACGGUGGACGUGAGGAACAAGAAGGCCGUGUUCAAGGAUGGCUUCAAGCUGGAGUACAGCAAGCUGCUGCUGGCGCCUGGGAGCAGCCCCAAGACCCUGAACUGCAAAGGCAAAGACGUGGAGAACGUGUUCACCAUCCGGACGCCCGAGGAUGCCAACCGCGUGGUGAGGCUGGCCCGGGGCCGCAACGCCGUCGUGGUGGGGGCCGGCUUCCUGGGGAUGGAGGUGGCCGCCUACCUGACCGAGAAGGCUCACUCGGUGUCCGUGGUGGAGCUUGAGGAGACACCCUUCAGGAGGUUCCUGGGAGAGCGCGUUGGCCGCGCCCUUAUGAGGAUGUUUGAGAACAACCGCGUCAAGUUCUACAUGCAGACGGAGGUGUCAGAGUUGCGGGCCCAGGAGGGCAAGCUGAAGGAGGUCGUGCUGAAGAGCAGCAAGGUGGUGCGGGCCGAUGUCUGCGUGGUGGGCAUCGGCGCGGUGCCUGCCACGGGCUUCCUGAGGCAAAGCGGCAUCAGUCUGGACUCCCGAGGUUUCAUCCCUGUCAACAAGAUGAUGCAGACCAACAUUCCCGGCGUGUUUGCAGCCGGCGACGCCGUCACUUUCCCUCUGGCCUGGAGAAACAGCCGCAAAGUGAACAUCCCCCACUGGCAGAUGGCUCACGCCCAGGGGCGCGUGGCGGCCCAGAACAUGCUGGCACAGGAGGCGGAGAUCAGCACGGUGCCCUAUCUGUGGACCGCCAUGUUUGGCAAGAGCCUGCGCUACGCAGGUUAUGGAGAAGGCUUCGACGACGUCAUCAUCCAAGGGGAUCUGGACGAGCUCAAGUUCGUGGCUUUUUACACCAAGGGCGACGAGGUGAUCUCCGUAGCCAGCAUGAACUACGACCCCAUCGUGUCUAAGGUGGCUGAGGUGCUGGCCUCUGGCCGCACCAUCCGGAAGCGGGAGGUGGAGCUGUUUGUCCUGCACAACAAGACCGGUGACAUGUCCUGGCUCACAGGGAAAGGCUCCUGAGUUUGCACACAACACAGGCUCGCUGGGGCGCCAGGGACAGAGGCCAAGCCCCAGAGGUCAAGUGCCAACCUCCAGUUCCCCAGGACCCCCGGGGGGCAGACCCUGAGCGCCCCCAGUGCUUGCCUUCGGCUGCCUGGCUCACCACCCUGCACCUUGCAGAGAGUCCUCUCUGGUCUCCAGGAGAUGCUCACCACCCAAGGCCUGCAGUGCCGACUGAUGGCUGGCAGUGGGGGAGGCGGGGUGGGCUUGCUUCUUCCUCUACUGGGACGGGUCCCCUGUGGGACCCUGCAACGUACUAGAUAUUAUCUUAACAUUAAAACGCACACGUUUGCAGA